CACGCUCUCACCAUCACGCAGCCCGCUUUGUCAACAGCUCACGUAGCAGCCAAACUCUCUCUCUCUCUCUCACACACACGCACACACACACGUAGCUCAUCUGCAGUCGAGCGCUGGGCUUACACACUCACCACAGAGCGUGGCCAGGCACACACUUCUGAGGUCCUCUGCGAUGCUGUGACUCUCUCCCACAUCCUCCUCAGUCACUCGCUGCUCGACCCUUGCUCGUCUCUCCUGCACACGAGACCGUCAAGCCUCUCCGUCCGUCUUUCUGUCAGUCAACCAGUCUGUGUGUGUGUGUGUGUGUGUGUGUGUGUGUGUCGGUGGCAUGAAGCGGUGAUGUUCUGGGACAGGAAGAAUAGUACGGGCAAUUCCCAAAGACGGCCCAAAGGAAGACACAGACCCAAAUCUGCAACAGCCACCAGCGGUCUCGAGGCAGAGAGCGGAAGGCGCGGUGGCAGCAGCAGCAUCAGCAGCAGCCACGGCGACGGUAACCAAAGCGGCGGAGGCAGCGGCGGCGGCGGCGGCUGCGGCGCGGCCAAUUUCAGAUCUCCAUGGCAACAGAGCGUGAACGUGUUCGGCUCGUGGAGCAGGCCGGAAUGUGUCGAGGAGCUGCACCAGCAGGCGCAGCUCAACCUCCAGAGCCUGCUGCAAGAAUUUGAGGAGCAGUUGUACGACACCAAGCUGACCGGCCAGACGUUUCGCCAUCCGUCCUCGCAGAGCUCAGACGACGCGUCCACGUCGCUCAGCCGCUCACCCGUCUCCCUCAGCAGCAGUAGACCGGACUUCAUCUUCCUGCCGGCGUCCAAGCAGCUCUACGAGGAUGAAACCACCUCCUCCGUGUUCGGCCUGAGGUCUGUGAUCAACCCGUCGCCUUCCCCGACCCCAUCACCCUGCAGCAUAGAUCGCCCCCCUUUGGGCUGGAGCAGCAACAACAGUAGCAGCAGCACAGCGACGUCUGCCACCACAGGGCCUCCCGUUGCCGAGAAACCACGCUGGCACCCGUCAAGACGAACUCCAGCUCACUGCAUGCCACUCGACAUUACAGGUGAAUUGGGGGCAGUAAAAUUCCAUGGUGUCGACCUCCUACAGCACUCUCCGUCCCCGUCCCCCUCUCCUGGGGACAUCUAUCCCAAGCAGCCCCACUCUCUGGAGCUUUUUACAGACACAUCACAUCAAAACAUCCCACUAAGGAAGACACACUCAGAGCUUGACACAACCCUACCCACAGAUAACAGUUUGGGACAGCGUCCCCCAGAGCAGCUUCAUACAGGAGCUAUGGACCACUCUGGGUUGCUGUGCUCUAACACACCCUCAUCUUCCUGGAAUGGACCUAAAGGAUCCACGUUUUCUCCUGCUGCCUGGAAUGAGACUUACAGCUACAACAUGAGCAAAGGUCCGGCUGUUCCUCCCAAGCAUCACAGCGUCAUUGGUCACGCUGGCGGGAUGCAGGAUGGGGUCAUGCUGGUGAGCUCUGGACAGUCUGUGAGCUCACAUUCCAGCUCAUUCACAUGUGUGACAGACCCUUCUGGGAGAACAGGAAACAGUGGGUCAGGGAUCUCUCCAUCUGCAGUCAUGAUGGGAAAGCGGAGGGAAACCGAGGGGGCACCGGCAGAUGGAGGGCGAGGGAGUGGUGCAGAGGCAGGACGAGGAAGGCAGAGAUCAGCACGAUCCAUAGCUGCACAGAACGCCUUCAAGUUCCGGGAACGUUCCCUCUCCACACCCACUGAUUCUGGCUCGUUUUGCUUUACAGAGGGUGGGAUAGAGCCAGAUUUGACUAUCACCACUACUGGGAAUGGGAACACUAUAGGAAUGGACCACCAAGAGCGUCACAACUAUCUGGGUCAUGGAGAGAACUAUGCCCUUCUUUACCCUAGAGGGAGUUCUGAAGACAGUGCAAGUACUGCAGACACCGUCUCUGUCACAGCUUCAGAUUACAGCACAGAAGGACGCUUGCGCCUUCGCUCUCGUUCCAUCUCCCUUAAGAAAUCCAAGCGCAAGCCCCCACCCCCUGUGAGAAGUGUUUCUUUAAUGAAGAACCUCGGAGAAGCUGAAGGCAGAAUAAGGCAUGGGGGUGGUCUUUACCGAGAUGGCAGGCCAAAGAGCCUGCACAUACCUAGGGACAAUUUCCCAGACUUCCAGCCAGAUUUUCUUUUGACAAGCUCUUCUUGCUCCUCUAAAGCCAGUGUUGGUGAAAGGGACUUGGGCCAAGGGGGCAACGAUGGACCUCCAAGUCUUGAAGUCCAGGCACCUGAGAGGGAAGGGGAGACAGAGAUUACCUUCCCCUCUCACUGGCAGUUGGGAGAGUGGAAGAGUAAUGACCCCUACAGGUCUUUAUCAGGCUCCAGCACAGCAACAGGUACCACAGUGAUUGAAUGUAUGAAAGUCAGAAGUAGCUCAGAGUCCCUUCUAGACUCUCCCGACCCCUCCAGAGCCACAUCUCCUUCACAGUUAUCAAUGGAGACUGACGUUAAGGCUUCCUCGCCUCUAAAACCUCCAGGGCUUAUAUCACCAUCAAGUGGCUAUUCCAGUCAAUCAGAGACCCCUACCCCAACAGUUCCAAUGAAUCAGGGGACAGCAGGUACAACAGGGUGUAAGAUGCGUCCAAAGAUCCCAGAAAGGAAAUCCUCACUACCAUCCCCUAAGGACCCAGCUGCCAGAUCAAGAUUGUCAUUUGAAAUGCCUGGAAAUGCACAUUUGGAGCUGUCUUCAUUAAAGCCAAAGCAGAAGGCAAGCAGGCGACAUUCAGACACAUCUACCGCUUCCAAGCCAGGAAAGAUCAGCCCCAGUUCUUCACAGGCAUUACCAGUGGUUACCCAGAAUGAGCUAAAGACCAUUAGACUUCGGUCUGUUUCACGAGGAGACCUGGAAGACUGUCCCGAUGGAGCUUCUGACACGAUCGAAGAAGAGCAGCAUGGGAGAGACAUCAGCGACGACCCCAGUCCACCACCAACCCUACCAAAGCCUAAACCACCUGUUGCUGUCAAGCCUCCUUUACCCAAACGGCCCAUAAACCUCCUCCUUAAGUCUCCUUCUCCUUCCUCCACCUCCCCCCUUGCCAUGGAAUCUCCUCCUGCCUCACCGGUGGAACGUCCGGUGCCUCUUGGCAACAUAUAUAAAGUCAUGAAAAAGCCCAAACCGAAAAAGCCCCCACCACAAACUCCCACACGUCCUGCUGCUCCCCCAGAUUCAAAUUCCACCAAUGUGGCACUCACUGCCUAUGAUCACCCAUUCCUCCCUCACUCCCAGUCUCUGUUUGACCUACCACCACUCCCAGACCCCCAGCCCUUGUUGGAAGACCCAAUGCUCGAACCUGAAUUUGACGGAGAAUCAGACAUCCGUCUAGGACCUGAGGAUGGAGGCUCACUCCCUUCUCCAUGCAGUUCCCAAGAGGCCCCUGAGCUCCAAGACAAGAGCAAGACACUACCUUCAAGGAUGACAAUCUCCUGUCUGGCAGAGCUGUCUGACAAAAAGAAACCCAAGAUUCCUCCUCCAGUUCCCAAGAAACCAAAUGUCCUACUCCUUCCCACACCACUGCAGUCAUCCACUAAUGGAAGCACAGAUCGACAGAUCGCACAGUCGGACAGCCCCGUGGGUCUCCGGUCUCCAGUUGGAGCAUGUACACCAGAUGAUGUUCUGGCUAGUUCUGGUGGUCCUGACGGGUUUGAGCAAGACGAAAACCACUUUGGAACAGAUGAGGACAGCUCAAAAGAGUCGUCUCUGCAGUCAUCACUCCAGGAUUCCUCUCUCACAGAACUUGGGGAAAAGAUGGCCGUCACUGGUAUUGGAGCAGACGACUCAGCUGCCGAUGAGAAGGCUGCUCUCCACAUUGCUGAGGAAACGGAAGAUGACUUGUUGGCCAACACUGGCACGACACACACCACCGAGGACCUGUUCACUAUUAUACACAGGUCCAAGCGAAAGGUUUUGGGCCGCAAGGAGCCGUCGGAUUCUUUCGGCAGUCGCCAGAGCCUGGUGUCGCCGGUGAAGCACAGCGCAGGCGGGAGCGACCAUCGCAACCUAACCUUGGGCAGCAGCCAGAGGUCGAGCUCGCGCAACGAGAACUUCAUGGCUCUGCUUCAGAAGAAAGGCAGCAAGUCUGCCGGCGGAGGCACAAGGGUGUCUGCAAUGGAGUUACUGAAGAGCACAAAUCCCCUGGCCCGACGCGUCACCGAGUUCUCCAACGCUGCCGUGUCAGCUGCCGAGGGAGAGGAAGUGCCGUCUGGGACCGACAGGCCCAACAAUCAGUGAACGGAAAUCUAAUUUCCAGACGUUAACCCGGUCUGGUUCCUCUUCACCGUAACACAAACCGACUUUGCAAUCUGUCACACUCUGCGGACGCGUCCUGAAUGCCCCAACCUCUGAUCGACCGUUUGGACUGUCCAAUGAAAUCGGAGCACAUUUUUGGACAAAAACGGUCCUUCCGAGUGUUGGAGCUCAGCGUUUGCCUGUCAAACUCAUCAGUGGAGGAAAAAAAGCUUGUUUUUUGAACACUAUAUCCAUAUAAAAUAAAUGAAAAAACCAUCCUGCUCAGUGAGAAAGUGUAUGGGCGGUGGACUGGUAGAGACGACGCUGGGAAUGUAGUGAUACACAGUGGGUAUGGUCGCUCCUUCUGGAUCAGCACUAACAUCGGAUCUGAAUCAUAUUUGAAUCUGCAGAGGACAAGGAAUCAACUCCGUCCAAGAAACAGUUGGAAUACAAUUUUACAGUCUGUCUGUGAUUUGGUUGCUUUACAGGUGUAAAGCCUGUAUAAAUAGGGGUUGAGUUUUGCGAUGGAGAAACUGAGGAAGGUAAACUUGGUCAUCGUGGCUGCAUUCUUUCUCCCCACGGUCAAUGAAAUAGCAUUGCUGCCCAACGGCGAAGUGCCAGAUUGAACAAAGAGAGACUGCAUGGGGGAUAUAUAUAAAUAUAUAUAUAUAUUUUUUUGCCACCAAAGAUGAGGCAUGAGCAUGUCCCUCAUUUUGUUGCUCGUGCUGUGACCGUGAACGUAGGUCUUCAUAAAGCAUUCCACGGAGGCACCAAGCGGACCGACUGUGCUUGGAAAGCGAAGCACUUUUCUUUCCUUUGGCCUCAGAGGUCGUUUACAUGGCGAAACCACGUUUGCCGCUUUGCGUUUUUUUUGUUUUUUCCCCGCUCGUCGACCGUUCUCUUUUUAAUCGGGUUUUUAAAUGUUACGUUUCGCUCCUAUUUUUUUACACAUUCUAAAUGUUUAUUUACUGUGUGUGUUUAAUAGGAUUAUACUGUAUGUAUCGUGUACAAAGAUAAAUGGAAAGCAUAUAUCAACAAAGACUCAAAAGAGUGUACAAAGACGCAGGAGGCUUGGACUUCAGACUGCCCAUGCACACACUUCAGCACACACACACACUGACAACGUUACGCUAUGAAAGAAAAACAGAAAACGAAACGUCAAUACGAGUGUGUGUGAGUGUGUGUGGAUGCCAUCAUGCCUGCUGAUGUUUCUGCACAGAGAUCAUGAAGCAGGCCUGGUUAUCAAACAGGGUUUUUAUUCGUUUUUUGGUCUCUGGUGUUAGGGGACCAAAGAACUGUUACAAACAGACCACAGAGGACCUACAUUAAUGUUAUUUUUGUAUGUGUGCGUGAGUGUGUGUAGAUGGACGCCUCGACUAAAGAGGGAAAAUUCGGAGGGAGCGCAAAAAAAGUUUUGGAAGGUUUUAUGUUUGAUGCAAGGUGUGCUUCCUUAAUAGUUUUCAUUAGAGCUUGGAUAUUUGGACUGUCACCCUAUAUGCCCUCGGUAGAUUUGAUCGACCUAUGUGAAAUCCCUUUAGUUGAGUUUCUCUACUCAGUUGUCAUCUUUGAAAUGAGCCAGGUGGUAAUUUUAGCUGAAGGCCAUGUCUUGGUUUAAUUAAAAACAGACAGAAGACUGGCUGGAAUAUCAAUGGCUGUUGCAUAUCCUUAAAGGGUUUGGUUACCAUACCCAAGAUAAGGUUUGAAAACCUUUUCUCCUAUUAUUAGGACUUGAUUCAGAGACGUGAGGCAUAGGCUUUGACUGUGUACGUUUUAUGGCAGAGGGGAUUUUAACGGUUCGAUUAUAAAGGAUGUUUUCCCACCAUCCAUCCAAUCACUUACUUUGGUAAGGACACAAACAGUGCUCUCUAUCAACUUUUUGCUGGACCACAGUAAAAACCCUCUUUUGUUUGGAGCUAGAAGUGAGCUCGUAGAGACCAACAACCAAUCAAAAUGUUUUUAGUACCAUAUAU